AUGAUUGAAAGCUUAAAGAAAGAGCAGCACACCUGGAAGCGUCAGUCAAAGCUGGCAAGUUUAUCCAGUGUAUUUGGGCACCCCGUCUCCUGGCGCUGGCUAUCGCCUCUACAUCCUCCGCCGCCUCUUACGCCUUGCAUUCCUUUAGCACAGAGUGGUUUAGGCGAUACCGAGGAUCUGCUUGCUGUCGUCACACCCAGCCUCACGACGAAUGGUACUACGGGGGUGCCUUUACUUGGUUUCAGGAACGAGGCUACUACUGCUGUAACUGUAAACGGCAAAGACUGCGACAGUUAUGCAUCACUGAUUGAUGCUAUCCCCACAGGAGCAUCCGAUUCACGAAAUUGGGCUGGCCAGUCUUAUUCGCCUCGGGAAUCUCGUCUUUUACUUCCUGGACAAGCUGUGCCCAGUCAGCUCCUGACCACUCACUAUCCUCCAUCUUCCUCGAUCGUUGCCUCGACUAGUUCUUCUGAACUCGGAUCCUCUCUUUUAUUGCUGCCACCCGAUUCAUCUAACGACAAAUUCAAGGCUACUUCAACGACGGACAACCCUGGUUUAUCUACGGACAACAUUACUCAUGGACAUGGCUUCGAGUCCUUACGCUAUUCGUAUAAUAUUUAA